AUGUGCAAGGCAUUCCCCCAAACCCUCACAAAUGCGGCUAGAGAUUGGUUUUUCACAUUGGAACCGAACUCCAUCACCUUCUUCUCAGAUUUGGCUGAUAAGUUCUCCGCUUUCUUUGCGAGCAGCAAACGAAUUAGAAAGACAGCCUUAUCGCUCAUGCAGAUGCGUCAAGGACCCAACAAAACACUGCGCAGUUUCAUGACCAGGUUCAAUAAAGAAAGGCUUCAGAUCCCCGAUCUACAUAUCACAGCUGCAGUCUCAGCUCUGACUUACGCCAUUAAGUGUGCAGCAUUCAAAAUGUCCUUGUCUAAACCCCCGCCGAAGCCAGUAACCAAGCUGUUCACACGGGCUGAGAAAUACAUCAAUAUGGAAGAAACCAUGGCCCCAAAAAGGAAAGUUACCUCAUUAGGGAGGUUGGAUCAGAAAAGGCCACAUGAGUCCAGCUUAAGACAAGAGACACGUAGGGUCAAACCAAGAAAGGAUCCACCUUCAACGGCUUUUACCCAUCUGAACACUUCGAGGUCCAUCAUCCUGAUGGAAAUCAAGGACUCUAGGGAACUGAAAUGGCCUCCCCGAUUGCGGUCUCCCCCCGAUACUUGUGACAAGAGUAAAUACUGUGAUUUCCAUAGAGAUCACGACCAUACAGCAGAAGACUGUCUGGCCUUAAAGCGGGAAAUUGAAGCUCUUAUAAGAAGGGGAUUUCUGAGCUCUUACAUUAACAAUGACAAACGCCCGAGGAAUAACCAGAAUGGGGGGAAAGGCCCAGAGGAUGGGGGAAACAAGCAACCAACUGCAGGCACUAUCAAUAUCAUUGUCGGAGGAACAGCCUCGGGAGGAGACUCUAGCAGUGGGCGAAAAUAG